AUGAAGGAAGCCACGAACAUGAGAAGCAGGUGGUCGAUACUCCUUGCUCCGUACCUUCCUGCGACUGCACCACGGAACGACAGAGUGGGGCCCGCCGCACUGUACGUGCCUUUCCACAGCCCGAGGACGGGGAACUCAACCUCACGUUGCUUCUUGUCUCAAACACUAAACACCAAAUCAUACACCAGAUCACAUAGCACCUUAGCAGACAACAAGCAGGUCGUGCCUUACGAAUACCUUAGCACACGAUCCACGACACAACUACGAACUGCCUUGCAUCCGCUCAUGCACUCGGCCCUGUCCUGCUGCACCUCGACCUCCAGGCCCCAGAUAGGCCCUCCCGACAGCUACUCCGUCGCUAUCCAUUCGCACGUGCAAGAGGCAGGGUGCCGCCAUUUUCGCCAGCCACUCACGGCGUCUCUCGCGACAACGCCCUUGCUCCCCCAGCUUCCAAUCCACCAGCACCGCCAGACCACCAGCAUCCGCGGGCUCGCAAAUCGAUCGACUGAUUCUGCUUACCUGACGACAUCCGCUGCUGUACUUGCACCAUCCCAGGCACUAUAUCGAACAACAAUGAACACCUUGUUCCCAUGGCUGUCGACAUACUUUGAGUCUCUUAUUCCAGGAUCCUUCGCCCUAGGUUUCAACGCUGGACGAGAAACAGUCGUCUGCAACCUGCAACAUGCGAACAGAAACGGGCCUCAUGCAGCAGAAACAAGAAGAAGAUGCAUGCCAUUCGGCCAUGGCUCCAUCGGCCACCGACGCAGCAAUGAUUGGAAUGAGCGGGUGCUUCAGCCUCCAGAACCCUUCAUUUUACCUAGCCUUAGCUUUCACGACGGCCUCCAUACCUAUCCCGACUUGUGGCCUGUCUUCCGAUUCUCAAUGGCACAGCGAGGGAACUCCGUUCAUCACCAGGCCACACGUACAUUCUCACCAUGCGCCAGCCGAUCCAAGCAACUCAAGCAACCCAAGCAUCAAGGUCUCGUCAAUUUCCAAGGCGCUGGACUGACCUCAUCUUGCCGCUUCGAUGAUACCUCGUUCAUCAUUUCCAUUGCACUACGGGCUGCUUACCUUGCGCUGGAUUGGCUACGAUGUGGAAACCCCUACCUCCCACAUAUGCAAGUACACGCACUGGAGUCUGGACGCCUUGCUGUCUUGGUGCCACCUACAGAUCAAUACAACUCAUCUGCAUCCACAAAAGACGAGAAACUUCGGUACCUGCUCUUCCCGGCUUUCUUCGAGUGGCCCGAGGUACAGAAUAGUCCCGCCAUGGGCUACGGCGGACGAUCGUCUUUUGGUACCGAUGUAUCCAAGUGUCUCCCAUCUCUCUUCUGCUCUACUGUCCAUUGGACUGUUUUCUUCCUUUUUCCUGCCAUGGACUGGGUACGGGGCCUAUCAGCAGCACGGCCACUUCGUUCUCCGGCUAUCGGUCUCGAUCAUCCUCGGAGUUCUUUGCCAUUGGCUGGAGCUGACGGCCUCAACUGUCAGCACGUCGAUUUGAGUGAGCGACAGCGGCCUGACCUGUUCGCGUAUGUUUCGCAUUUCAUCGCAAUGGCUCUUGUCAGGCAGGGCAGAAACAGGAUGAAUACGGUCAAUCCCUAUACGCACCAAGCUACCGCAGCAGCUUGCACAGAAGGAAAAUACACCAGAAACGUCGAGAGAACAGAACAAAAAAAGGGUGUGUUGCUUUGGUUGUACGUAUCCGCCGUGCCAUGCCAGGCCGGUGUAUGCCUGAGCACCAGUGGGAAACUCAAUUUCGCAGCGGACACUCGCCCGGGCCAGGCUUGGCCUGCCUCUGGAACAACCCCGGGCCAUGAAAUAUCCAGCGCGGGAUCCUCCAUCCAAUCCACUUUGCCGCUGAGCCAGCCAACGACAGGCCUGGCAUGUCGAGUGAUGCGACUGGACGCGGACUGCCCUGCCUCGACGAGACCUUUAGAUACCGAUACUUUGCGCUCCGUGCGAAGAAAAGCCAUGGAGCCCGAGGCUUUGAGGUACUGGGCAGUUGCUCUAUUUCCGAACAUCUGCCCUGGCUUCCCUCUGGCAGAGGCGCGCGGACGACUAACCACGACAGCGGCGGCGGGCGAUGGACAACAUGACAACGUACCGAGAGAGCCCCCCCCCCCCGUCGGUGAAUGGCCGGCAACGAAUGCCCCGGAUCACGACGCGGCGAUACAGCAUCGCGGAGCCGCAGGCGGUAACGGCUUCGUGCCGAUUCCCCUUGCACAUCGACAAUGGGCAAAACUCAGUCUGGCCUCGAAUAAGCUCACAGAGGCUCACGCGUCGGGCCCAAGUCUCGUCGCCUUGCCGAGCUGUCCGACCCUCCGAUACAGUAUUCUUACGGCACAGACAGAGGAGCCUUGUUUGCUGAAGGAUAGGAUGGUCCUGUUGUUAAAUCGGUAUCGCAUCUUGAAAUCGCCCAGUCCACCACCACCACGCACGUCAAACCCCGGCAUUAAGCAGGCUGGCCAAGGAAAGAGAACAGACCGUUUGGCGCACGGGACGUGGUCUCCAGACCCGAUUACGCUUCGGGCUCAAGACUCCAGGCUCAAGGUUCCCGACUCCGCGGUGGAUCGAGUCAUCUUUUUUGGCGAGGUGGUCCAAGGUCUACACAGUAGUACGGAGUACUCCGUCCGUACUUUGUGCAUUGGAGGGCACGGCGGCCUGCUGCUUUCAGCCUGCAACGGUUCCCCCAUACCAGCCUCCCCUUGUUCACCCUCAACUGGUGUCCCCCUGACCAGUCUGUUCUGGGGGCUAGCUCUGGGCGGGAGUGUAGCCAUCGGUUCAGGCUUUGUAGGCUACAGCGAGCAGAAAGUAUAUAUGGAAUUUCCAGACAAGAUGGAACGCAAGACCAUUAUUGCCUUUUCGCGUUCACUUUGUACGGAUGGACAGCUAGCACUAAAGGGCCCGCGGAAGUCGAGUGACUUGCGGAUCUUGUGGAAACUGGAUAUGAAUACUGCUUUGAAGUUCCACUUCCCUAAGCAGGUCAAGUCAUGUGCUCGCGCCAAGUCAUCUAUUCUAGACCCUAAUUCCGUCCGCCCAUUCGUCCGUGGUGAGGCUUCCGUCUUUUGUGCCUCAGCCUCACUCAUUGGUAAUCAGAGGAGGACGGAUGGAAUUCAGUAUCCGUUAGUCCAGCAAGUUUCAUGGAGCCUCUUGGACUCCAUGGAAGAAGGCAAGGUGAUGCCCCCGUCCCCCACUACAGCCCGGACGGGAUAUUCAAGAGACUGUAGUGAUUGGAGGAGAGAAAGGAAACAGGAAGGAAUGGUGGACUACCUCAGACCAGCAGAGAGAGUGAGGUACGACCCCUGGAGGUACUUUGUUCCUAUUCGGUCAAGUGAUGCCGCCGCACUGUGCCCGGGCCAUGUUUGCCAUGUAAAACUGGCCUUGCCAUCUCAGGCUGCUGUGUACGUACCCGGGAAUUAUUGGAUCGAGGAAAGUUCGGGUGCCCACAGCUGCCUGGAAGACAAGAACCAUAUAGUUUUAGUUGUGCGGAAUAAUACCAGAUUUCUUCUUAUGGUCACGAGGAGAGCAGGUUCCGAAGCCUUCUUCUCCAAAUGUAUUUCGCAGGUGAUUUCCCAUCCCCGGUCAGCACACAGUAUCUCCAGACUGGCCGAGGUACUUUGCCGGACGCUCGAUGGUAAGGCACCUACCUACCUGUACCCUUCACGUCCCAUCGCCAAAGGGACAGCAGUCCACACCAACUCCCGUGGUCCUCGCUCCUUCCACUCUUCUCAUUUUGCCCACAGAUGCACACCAGGCUGGGCUGCAACGAGCGUUUUCCCUAACAAGUACCUCAACCCCCCCUUCCCACCAUUGACCACUUGCUUCCUCUUCCUUUCCCUCCUUCCUUUCUUUCUCCAAGCAACUGCUUCGACCGGUGGGAAUUCAAGACAAGACCGAGGAAACCAUUUGCUGGCCUGUUUCCUCUCUCUCUCUUCUUCUUCCUUGCCCACUAUCUACCUGCUUUCCGACUCUUACUCUUUGGCCUAUCCUCUUUCUCUGCGGAUACUCUGGGUUGGAAUUAGCAUGCCAACUUCAGCUUCCAACAGCGACUUCUCCCUCUUGUCUACCUCUCCCUCCAACUAA